UUCCCUCUGGCUGCGCUCCGGCAAGCGCCUUUCCCUGCAGAGCUGCUGUUUGGCUUGGCUGGCGUUUUCCUCUUUCCUCCUCCCGGUCUUUACUUUUAACGCUGCGACUGCCGGCCAAGAUCCGGUCGGGGCUCUAAUAGGUUCCACACACACUCCCCAAUUUUUAUUUUUGAUUUUUUGGGGGGGCUGUCUUAAAAAAGGCGUCAAAACUGCCAGCUGAUCGGAGGCAGCGGGUUCCUGCUAACGAAAAGGAAAAGUUGGCCAGACCUUUGCAACAAACCCUGGUUUGGUGGCUCGGCUUGGACAAGCAGCUGAUCUCCAGGAGCCUUCAAGCAUGCUGGCCAAAGAGGAGUUUUGAUCUAGAACAUGGCUUGUUGCUGGUGGCCUCCAGCCUUCCUCGAAAAGGGAAUUUGAGACCUUCACUAUCUAUAUUCUGGCACCUUCACAGGAACCAUGGAGGUGGUUGAUGUCCCGGUGGGAAACCUCAUUGACUUUGACUCUGAACCGUCUACCACGGACACCUCCGAGUCGGUCCCCACUGGCCCCUCGACCACUAACGGCCAUGCAGGGCUGGAUUGCCGCGAGGCAGGCCCUGCGGCCGAGGAGAGCGAUGCCACCGAAUCGGCCGACAGUGAGAACGACACGACCGACUCGCCCACCCACCCGAGCUGGAACAACCACCGACGCUCUUCCUCGGAGUCCUACUCGUCCAACCACAGCAUGGAGUCCACUCGGGGGGAAGUGGCGGCUGAACAGCGGGAGUUCGUGAGCCAAUACGUGGAGAAGAUCUUCACCGGUGGAGAGGAGUUUGACCAAGAGGAGCAAGCCAGAUUCGGGGAGCUGUGCAGCGGCGAGAACACAAAAGGCAGAGAGUGGUUCGCCAGAUACGUCAGCGCCCAGCGCUGCAAUUCCAAGUGUGUCUCCGAGCAGACUUUCUAUCGUCUGGUGCAGUCCUUUGCCGUUGUGCUGUUUGAAUGCUACCAGAUGGAUGACUUCAGCCCUGCUAAAAACCUGAUGACCAUGUGCUUUACUUACUAUUAUAUUGGCAAGCCCCAAACUCUCCCCCCGGAGUGCAAAGAGAAAGCCACGGGAAGCAUUGACUCCUACCUGAAGUCCGCCAACAGCUGGCUGGCCGAGAAGAAGGACAUCGCGGAACGGCUGCUGAAAAACACCUCAGCCAAGACGGAGAACGUGAAAGGGUUUUUCGGGAGCUUUGAAAGCAAACUGAGGGGUCCCAGCGGGGCCAGGAAGAGCGAGGAUGGCGAAGAGAAGCCCAGAGAGAGAAUGCAGAAAUCAGUUUCCCUGUAUAGUCCCGAGGAGGAAGAAGAAAGAAACGGGGAGAAGAUCUACCUGUACAUGCACCUCAAGCAACAGCCCAUCUGGCACACUCUAAGGUUCUGGAAUGCGGCUUUCUUUGACGCCGUCCACUGCGAGAGGCGGAAACGGUCUCCCACCACCAGAGGGGACACUGGGGAGGAAGAGGAAACGAGGGAGAAGUGGUGCCACAUGACCCAAGAAGAACGGAACGAUAGCCUCCGCUUCAAUGAGAAUAUUACCUUUGGACAGUUGGGAACUUUCACUCAUAACAUGCUGGCUUUUGGGCUGAACAAGAAACUUUGCAACGAUUUCUUGAAGAAGCAAGCAGUGAUUGGCAACCUGGAUGAAGAGCAGUACAAGCUGCUAAGUGACCACAUUGACCAAAUGGCUGCUGAAUAGGUCCACAGCCUGCCAGGACCAAGAUGGAGAGGAGAGGCCGGCAGAGGCAAAAGGCUGUGAAACCCAUUUCGGGGAUCGUCUUGAGACUUCAGAUGGGCUUUUAAAUCAACAGACACCCCCCCCACAGACUCUGCAAUACUCCUGCAUGAUUGCUAUUAAACCGUGUCGUGCUGUGCUAAGCAGCCCGUAGACGUAGAGCUUCUCCAUCUAAAGACGCCCGUCUCCUUCUGCAGCCUCAAGGACACCCAACCGCUUCCAUAGACUUUGGGCAUGAAAGCCCUGGCUUUGGCCCCCCAUCUGGGGAGAUCCCUCCAUGCAAGGCAAGGAGAGUCAUUGGGGACAGCAGGGCCUUUUGAGAAGGACCGGAAAAAUCCUCCACGCAUCAUUAUCACCAGACUAUUUUAAGCAGCCAGAAUUUUUUUUUCCCCAACAGCUGUGAAAUGUAAAAUAGGACGUGUGUACGAGUUGCGAUGGAACGAACAGGCAGAUAAGAGCAUUUAGUUUUUCUACAGAGCUGGUCAUUCUGGAGAAAAGUAUUUGUAGAUGCAGAAGGCCUGGUUCAAUUCAUCCUGUUGGGCAGAGAAAGAGAUUUAGGUAGGCAGAAGCUGAGCUUUGCUGUGCAAGCCAACCGGGCCCAGAUUCCUGGUUUCCUGGAGCAGUUCUGGGACCCCUUGUGUGGUUUCAAUGCAAUAUGUUCUGAUAAAACCAGGAGGUUGAUCUAACUCUGGAGCUUUAAACAAGAACAAAUGCACCAGGAUGGCUGAUGUGGUUGGUCAACUGGUUGACCAAGAUUGAUUGAUCCCCAUCUCUCUGGUUUGUCAGCUUCAUGGUCUGUCUGGUUGGUCCACCUGAAGUAGGUGGAGGGUUGUCUGUGAGGUGCUGCCGUAUUUCCACCAUUCAUGAACGCGAAGGCUUAACAGGGCAGCAACGAGCCAUCUUGGGGAGCAACCAAAAUAUUCUUCACAUCCUCCCAUUUGGAGAAGUCUCCUCAGAGCUGCUUCUCACGCCUUUGAUGAUCAACCUCUGGUCUCGUGUCUGGUGUGCAUGUAUGUUUCUAAGGACAGGUUGAUGUUGGGUAUGUAGGGGAGUGUUUUCCAUUCUCUUUGUGUGGGUGGAUGGAUGUUGGUUUCUCAUUCUUUGGGAAAAGACACAGCUGCUAGUGAGUGACCUGUAGGUUGAUUUACCGAAUCAACAAGAAAAUCCAUUUCUCCCUCCCUCCCUCCCUCCCUCCCUCUGUAUGUGUGUACAUACAUGUGCCUGUUAUUCAGGAAUGACAAUGAGCCUUCAUCUUAAAUCUUACAAUAACCCGCAAAAGUUGGACCCCUUCAGUUCCCUUGUCCACCAGGAGAGGGCGCCAAAAGAAUAGGUUUUGACAUGCUUCCGCCUUUGGCCUUGAAGGAAGGAAUCUUUGCUUAGAUGUUGGUUGUCUGUGUUGAAUCUGCCCUAGAGCUUAAGUUGGGACUGGCGGUGACUUCUAUUGGUAGAAUUUUUGGAUGCUCCCCUUGUGACACCCUCUUAUAUUUCUAUUUGUUAACCAGAUCUUUUUCUGGUGGUUUCCAAAACAAGCAGCUUGUUCUUUGCCAGUCGUAGCUUCUGUUUAUGGUUUUGUUCCAAUCCCCGUUGAAAACCAAAAGGUUUGGAGCUCAGAUAGGCAUCUGCAGGAGGUCCAGCACAUCAGCAUUCCGCACGGCUGGCUUUUACUGUUCCUAAUCCUGCAGAAAAAGCCCAAACCUCCACAUCUGGAGAGAGGCCUCUGCUAAAUUCUUCUAGCUCAGCUUUAGGGAAAACAUCCAAUUCUCCCAGCAGGCUUGCAUCAGCUUAACACCCAGCAGGAAAAAAACACAUCGAGGGAUGCACCAACAAUUGAGGAUUGCAAAGGUGGGCAAAACGGCAUCAAAACUCAGCUCCCACUUGUAGACAAUUGAAAGCAUGGAGUAGGAAUUAAAGCCAGCUUUGUGUAAAUUUCUCCUGGGUUCCUGCAAACCACAGCAAUCCAGGACGUGGUCACGGACCCUACCGUUCUGUGAAGGCAGUAGGAGUCCCUGUUCCUCUGCCACAUAUCGUUCCGUCUCCUUUUAUACCUUAAUCUUUCCGGGUCUCUCGUAAAUUGUGCUCAUGUGAAUUUGUUUUUUUCUUCUCCAUUCUCCAUUGUUAAAUCUUGAAGAUUUUUCUCUUUAAGGUGGGGGAUGGCUGGAGAGCAGCACUGAAUCGAACAUGAGCAAGGAGGCUAGCCUACGAUUCAAGGAAUGCAAAGACUUAAAUCCAGAUGUUUGCGUGCAUUUCUGAGGUCUGCUUUAGAGGCUCGGGGAGGUAAUUGCAGUGAAGAGUUUAAGCGACUUCUUAGAAUGAAGAGGGACAUGGGUCUGCAACAGAUCCUGGAUUUUUUGUCUGGGAGGGUGUUGCUAAAUAUGUAACUUUAGGACCAUCCUUCUCUUGUUUACCCUUUUAAAAAGCAAAAACCCAGAACUGCAUAUCGUACGAUUGUAAACCUGAGUGUCCCAGCGUGGCAUUUCCAUCUUGUGAGUUUCGCUGAAGUUUUAAAACUGCUGUAUUUGGUUGUGUAAUAUAUAUAUACAUAUACAUAUAUAUAUAUAUAUAAUGUUCUGAUGCACAUUGGGUGCAGUUGUGUAUCAAGAGUGCGACUUCAUGUCCUAUGUGGACUAUUGUUGUUUUUAACUUAUGUACUGAAAACAUUUCAAGUUCUGGUUACGACAGGAUCAGGGGAAAUAAAAUAAAGUUUCAAUAAAUAAAUGAAACGACAUCUUCACUCUUUCUCCCCUGCCCAAGUUAUGUUUAUUCCAGAUCCCGUCUUCUGUGCUAUUCCCUCUCUUUUUUUAAAUAAACGAAAUGCAAGUAAUCCUUGACUUAUAACCAUUCGUUUAGCCAUCG